GUGUACCAUCGUUGCUAGGCAACCAAAGUAACGUUCAUAAAUUCUAAUCGAUACUGAAUCAUAACAACCUCGCUUUAGUGAUAAAGAUUCUGUCCUUUUUCUCAGUAGGUAUGGAUGCCAGGUGCUGCAAAUGUAAGGAAAGGAAGGACCAAGGUUCAUAGGUGAGGACUGAAAACGCAUUUGUCGACCCUCCAUAAAAAUGAAUGUACAAUCCUACGAGGAUGCGUUAAAUUCUAUAAUUUUUGAACGAUCCUCGCAGCUGACAUCUGUCAGAUUGACAUUUGCGCGCGGUCAAUAAUAUUUUUUGAUUUGUUUUGUUUGUGAUUUCUUAGCUUUUAUCUCAAAAAAUUGUAUGUUUCUAGCUCAGAUUACGAAUAUGUGUUGAUGUUCACUACCUAAUCAAAUUAAAAAUAUGCAGGAAAACUUACCUGAUUCGCAGUUAUAUUUCGAUAUAAGGGACGACCAGUGGCCGAUAGUCUACCAUCGAAAGUACAAUGUGUCCUUUUGGGGGCUUGAGAGGUACCACGCAUUCGAUGCCGGGAAGUGGGGCAAUGUUAUCAAAAAUUUGAAGGAAGCUAAACUUAUAGAUGACGAACAUAUUGUGGAGCCAAAUGAAGCCAAGAAGAGUGAUCUACUGGUGGUGCAUACCAAGAAAUAUCUUAAAUCUCUAAAAUGGAGUGCGUAUGUGGCGUCAAUAGCCGAGCUGCCAUGCGUCGCUUGCUGUCCCAACGUACUGGUGCAGAAGCGAUACCUCUACCCUAUGAGGCUCCAAACCGGCGGCUCAGUGCUAGCCGGCAAGCUGGCACUCGAACGAGGCUGGGCCAUCAACGUGGGCGGGGGCUUCCACCACUGCUGCGGCUACCGCGGCGGGGGGUUCUGUGCGUACGCGGACAUAACGCUGAUGCUGAGGUUCCUGAUGAUGAGCGGGCGGGUGCAGAGGGCCAUGAUUGUUGAUUUGGAUGCUCAUCAGGGUAACGGCUACGCCCGAGACUUCAUAAACGUGGAAGAGGUGUACAUAAUGGACAUGUACAACAAGCAUAUCUACCCGCGAGACAAGGAGGCCAAGCAGGCGAUCCGCCGCAAUGUGGAACUGAAGAGCGGGACGGAGGAUCUCGAGUAUAUGGUGAAACUGAGGAAUAACCUGAAGGAGGCUCUAGCGGAGUUCACGCCGGACAUCGUGGUGUACAACGCGGGCACCGACGUGCUUCACACCGACCCGCUGGGCCACCUCAACAUUAGCGAGUUUGGUGUAAUAAAACGCGACGAAUUCGUGUUCGAGUCCUGCAAGAAGCGUGCCAUACCCAUAGUCAUGCUGACGAGUGGCGGCUACCUGCGCGCCAGCGCCCGCGUCAUCAGCCAGUCCAUACUGAACCUGCACAAGAAGCGCCUCAUCUGUCAGACGAAGGCGGAAGAGGGGGAGAGGGAGGGGCAGGAAGGUUUGUAGGUUGUCUCGGCGUCUAUGAAACAUAUUUUGUUUUGUCGCAUAGAAAGUGGCGCCUCUAGUGGCAUGUAGAUUGAAACGUUUAAAGCCAUAGUGAACCCGCCUCAUCUGUCAUACGACCGCGGGGGAAGGGGCGGGGGCGGAGACGGAGGGGCAGGGGGGGUUCUAAGUUUUCUGGCCGUCUACAGCCGAAUUUGAUAAAGCAUAUUUUGUUUUGUCGCGUAGAAAGUGGCGCCUCUGGCGGAAUAUAGAUUGAAACUUUUAAAGCCGUAAUGAACCUGCACAAGAAGCACUUCAUCUGUCAGACAACCGCGGAGGAAGGGGGGGGGGAGACGGAGGGGCAGUGAGGUUUGGAGCUUCAGUUUUCUAAGUUGACUUACUGUACGUCUAGCACAGGUUUGUGUAUAUGAUUUGAAAAACUAACAAAACUUUAUGUUUUCCCGCAUAGAAAGUGCGUUACUUUUUGCGGGACAGUUUUAUGAAAAGGAAUUAAGUAUUCUCGUUUUUAUUUGCAUUUGAGAUUUUGGAAAGGACAACGAAAAUGUGAUAAUAUAACGAAGUGAUAAAGACACGGCUAAGCCAUAGAGUUGACUAUGUAAUGUUGUAUUUCGGAAGUUGUAAAGGUUCUGUGAUUGAAGCUAAGCGUUAGGUUGUUUUAGUUACGUUAAAUUAGAACAAUCAGAUUAAUUCAUGUUUGCUCUUUACAUGCUGUCUAAAGUAAACAAACCCCAUUAUAAGUACUUUAAUAUUAUUUUUAUGAAAGGUAUUAUUAAUACGAAAUUGUGACUCUUGUUUUCGAGAAGUUCUAGAUUUUAUUUUAGAACCUAAAAGCCUUCCCAACAAUAUCAAGCAUAGAAUUCUUGGUAAUAUAUUCGAAGAUUAGUAAAUGUAAAUUCUACAUACCUAUUUAACUCAAAAUAUAGUAGAUAAUAAUAUUUUAUGAGCCUUAAAAUAAUUUAUUAAUACGAUUUUGAUCUCAAAAUGUCUUAGACAGUAUUAAAUGUGCCAAAGUAGAAAUUUAUCAGAUCAGCAAAUCCAAUUUGCUAUAUUUAUAUACUUGUUAGUCAUUGUAAUAUUUUUCUAGUCUAUUCUAUGAAUGUGAUACUUAUUCCAUUUAUUGCAUAAACAUAAUUUAUGAUGUAAUGUAAUUAU